AUGGGCGCGGCAGCCGCCCACGCGCCAAAGAAGGAGGGCGACAUCUCGUCCGUCUUUGUCUCCCUCUCCGGAGAGACGCGGGAACCGUUACCAGAGCGGUUCCGUACCCUCAAGCAGAACCUGGUGGCCGGACAUGAGGACGCCGUGGUAAAGUCGUGGUCCAGACUUUUGAAAUCGCUGAGAGAAGAAAACGAGACCAUCGCGGCCAAGGGCCCUGCCAUCAUCCCCAGCGUCGAAUUUUCCAGCCUGGACAGCGACAUUGACCACCUCAAAGACGAGAUGAAGAAACGCGGCGCGGUAGUUGUUCGAGGCGUCGUGGACGAGAAGGAAGCGCGGGGCUACAAAGAAGAGGUGGAAGCAUAUGUCCGCAAAAACCCAUCGACAAAAGCCUUCCCUGCCGACAACCCGCAAGUCUACGAGCUGUACUGGUCCCUCCCGCAGCUCAAAGCCCGCGGCCACCCGAACCUGCUAAAGGUCCAGACGGCGCUCAUGCGCGACCUCUGGAACAAGUCCCCCUCGGCGGCCAUCUCGCUCCAGCCGCUGACAUACGCGGACCGCCUGCGCAUCCGCCAGCCCGGAGACGCGACGUUCGCCCUCGGCCCGCACAUCGAUGGCGGGUCCCUGGAGCGUUGGGAGCGCGACGGGUACGGCAAGACGGGGACGUACGACGCCAUCUUCCGCGGCGACUGGGAGGGGUACGACCCGUGGGAGGUCAGCGCGCGCGUGCACGCCGUGCAGGACCUGUACAACGGCGCCGGGGCGUGCAGCAUGUUCCGCAUGUUCCAGGGGUGGCUGAGCAUGAGCGACGCCGGGCCGCGGGAGGGGACGUUGUUGGUCAACCCGCUGGUGAAGCACACGACGGCGUACCUCCUGCUCCGGCCGUUCUUCCAGCCCCUGCGGGAGGACGUCAGCGGGGCGGAGUUCCUGAGGGAGGAGAACUGGGUGUUUACGGCGGGCGAGGGCAUGAGUUCGGAGUUGCACGGGGCGACGGCGGGACACUGUCAGGAGCUAAACGGCAAGCUGCACCCGCAUCUGGAGCUGGGACGGACGAUGGUGCACAUGCCCAAGAUCAAGCCGGGCGACUUUGUGGCGUGGCAUGCGGAUCAGAUCCACGCUGUUGACAUGGUGCACGAGGGCAAGGGGGAUUCCAGUGUGUUGUACAUCCCCGUGUGUCCCCUGACGGACCAGAACGUGUGGUAUCUUAAAAGGCAGAGGGAAGCGUUCUUGGAGGGGCUGCCUGGGCCAGACUUCCCUGGCGGCCAGGGGGAGAGAGAUCAUGUGGGCAGACCUGGCGAGGAUGCCAUUGUCGCACCAGAGGCGCGGAGGGCGAUGGGUCUCGAGGCUUUGCAGGUUGCUGGGGAGGGCGAGGGGGAGAGGGCCUUGCUGAAGCGGGCCAACGAGUACAUGGGCUUUUGA